AUGAGCCAAGAUCACGCCAUUGCACUCCAGCCUGGGCAACAGAGUGAGACUCUGUCUCAAAAAAUUAAAAAAAAAAAAAUACUGAUGAUGGGGUUUUGCUUUUAACUGUACACACUUAACAGAUUUUCCAGUACCUAUUCCUGUGAUCCAUGAUAGUAAACAUAGAAACACAUAAGGAACAUUGUUGGAGUUGCCAGACGUUAGCUGUUGCAUAUGUGCACAUUCCUAGAUUCUAGGGUGUUUUUGCCUUUAAGUGGGUCAUUGGUUGUCUUGGGAAGAUCAUGGAAAAUUGGGGAUUUUUUAAGAAUUAUGAAUCAAAAUACGUUUUGAAUGUUUCUUAUAUUUUAUGUAGUAGAUGUGUGAUUUCCACCUUCCACAUUCAGACUGCUGACUACACCUCAUAAAUGCCUUUUUAUUUCCAAUUGCUAUGGAUUCAACUAAAUGUAUCCCUUGGGAGCGGAUCAUUACUUUGCUACAUUUUUCCCUCUUUGCUGUUGUGUGAGUUUGGUUCAUACCUGAGAAGAUGCAUAGUAUGUGUUGUUACCCAGCCCUGGCUUGAUGGUGUCCUGUGGGCGUAGGGGUAGGAGGACGAGGGGCAUCUGGCCAGAGCUGUGAAUGGAUCACAGUUGGCCAGCGGGUGACUUGCCACCACUGCGGGUAAGCCAAACUGCAAACCGUUCUUUCCUCUGUGAAAUUCAAUAACACUUAAUAAAAUCCAUAAUUAGCACAUACUAGACAAAAUGUGACGUAUCUUUUUGUGGGGUGACAGCAUUGGGUUUCAUUCUGGCUAUACAGCUUGGAUUGGAUUAUUAAACAGGAAGGUCAGACACUUUUUGGGGUGUGGAAUAAACACGGAUGAAUUUGUGGAUUCACUUGUCACCCUUUCAAUAUCAACACAUUUCUCACGCCUCCGCGCUGGCCACGUGUCAGCCAUCAGAAGAGGGCAGGAGGAACUUUGAAGUGUUGCCGGCCGUCACUAAGAGGGCCUUUGAUCCUAGCGCCCUCUUCCGGGAGAGGCGUUGGGGCAGCUCCUAGCAACAUGCUCGCCGCCGGCAGGAGGCCCGGCCCGGCGAACGUUCUCGCGGGGCUCCCUGGGUGCUGUAGUUCCUCACGGUGUCCCAGCCUCCUCGGUGCGGGAGGGUAACCGGACCGCCGACUACAACUCCCAGGGUGGCUCGGGUCCGCCUUUUCGCGGGAGGCCGGAUGGCUGGGGGUGGCUGCAGCGGCCGGAAGCCGGAGGCCUAGUCUGGCUGGCCUGGGCGAUCUGAAUGGAGCCGGGGCUGGCGCUGGUCCCAGCGUCCGCGCUUCCCGGGGCACAGCGCGUAACGGGAGGCUUCCGGGGCUGGGAGCGUUACAGGCUGCUCUGGGGGGCCAGAUAGGCCGAGCGCUCAGAAGGGACAGGCCAACACCUGGGACAUAAAGAUGACCCCUCUGACUCAUUUCUGCCAAGACAUCCUGUAGGAAGCAUGAGCCUGAUUUGGGUAGAAUCCUGAUGAACUGGCCAGUGCUGUAAAGGAGCUUCGAUCAACCCCGAGAGCCUUGAGAUGGUAGGCAGAGUUCAGAGUAAGAUGCAUGGAAAUUCGAACAUGCCCCAUUCUGCAUCCGCAAAGAUCUUGACUGCAUGCAGCACUUUGGGGACUGGGCGGCAAGGACCAGGAUGGAGACCCUGGAGAAGACUGACAGGCGGUGGCAUUGAUACCAAACUGUCAUGAGUAAGGCGCCAAAAACCAAGAAGGGAUGGAAAGGCUCCAUUGAUGAUUUACUUGAUGACCUUCUAGGGGAUGAUAUGACACUACCUGAGAAGCCUGUUAAACUAGCUUCACGUGCCAGAGACACCACAGGUGUAUCUCAGAUGUUCCCUUCUUCAAAGGCUAGAACAAAGUCCUUCUUGGGAGAUGGUGUCUUCAGCCCUGUGGCAGGCCUGGAAGAAGCUGAUGCUGAGGUUUCAGGUGUCUCAGAGGCAGACCCACAGGCUCUGCUCCAGGCCAUGAAGGACCUGGAUGGCAUGGAUGCUGAUAUCUUAGGUCUGAAGAUGUCUAAUCCAGCCCCUAGCAAAAAAGCUGCAAAGGACCCUGGGAAAGGAGAGCUGCCCAACCACCCCAAGCCUGCGGGGGGUGCCAUUCCUACCAAGCAGUCACCUCCGUCUCCCAUCAGCUCUGGGCAUCAGAACAGGAGGUUUUCCUCUGAAGGAGACUUGGAGGACCCGUUGGCAGGACUUCUCUCCUAUGAUGAAGAAGGAAUCACUAAGAAGCCGCCUGUGACAGAGAGCAAAACAGCUUCUGACAAGAGCCCCAGCACAGUUAGAGAUCAAGGUCCCUCUAUUCCUCUAACUCCUGGGGACACCCCCAUCCGAAAUAAAGAAGAAUUGUUUGAUGAUGGAGAUGACAUCAUGGCCACCUUGGGGUUUGGAGACAGCCCCAAAGCAGAGAAGAGGCAGAUGGGAGACCAGGAAGGGCCUCGCCCUGCUCGCUCCACGCUGGAUGAGCUGCUGGGUCGAGGCACAGCAACCAAACUCCUGACCCGCCCGGCCACAGGGGAGCGCAGGGAAUUCAAGCUAGACAAGAAGUACCAGAGGCCACAGGACAGCGAAGAUGCGUGGGGUGACGAGGACUUCACCUUCGGAGCCUAUCAGCCCACUGUGGGCUCCUCUGAGGGCCGGCAGUCCCGCCGGCAGUCUGUCAGUAGGUUCUUAGCAGACAGUGGCCCAGACCCCAAGGGAGAACCAGGCUCCAGACAGAGCCCUCCAGCCACUUCCAGCCCCAUCCAGCCCAGGAAGGGAGGAGCUGACUGGUUGGGCCUCAAGGACGAUGACUUGGACCUGCUCCCUGCCUCACCCACCAGAGAGGCCCGUCAGGAAACCUCAGUGCUUGCCACGCCCUCAGUGCCUCCUCCUGAGAGCCAGCACUCUGUACCAGCUGGGCUGCCCCCCUCCAAGGCAAAGCCACCAACUGAAGGUGCAGGGUCCCCUGCCAAAGCCAGCCAGGCUUCCAAGCUGCGAGACUCCGAGAAGGAGGAAGAAGACUGGCUGAGCCAUGCCCUGUCUCGGAAGAAGUCCCAAGGCCUGGCCAGAGAGCAGUGUGCUGGGGCCUCUGAGGGCCUGAGUUUUGCAGGGACAGUGGGCCAUCCCCCUUCUGGCAGGCUGCCUUUUCUCAGCCAACCUCUCACCAGCACGCCGGGACCUGAGCAAGCAGCUGCUGGAGGGAGCUCUGGAACAACCUCCGGAGAAAGACCACGUGCCAGGCCUGGCGUCUCGGGGUCCCCUGUGACUCGGAAACAUGCCGCCUCGGCACUCCCUACAGGCUCCCCAAAGCGGGGAGCAGCCCCUGGAGACGUCUCGGCCACGGAGCCUGCUAUGUGUUUCCCGAGCACCCAGGAGCCCACAGAGCCUUCUCUGCCCAUCCAGCCCCUGCUCCCAGAGUCCCUGGCCCUGAGCCUGCUGCCAGGCACAGAAUACCAGAAGCAGCUCCUGGCAGCACAGGUGAAGCUUCAGAGCGGCACCGCCGGGCUCCAGGCCGAGCUGCUGCAGAGCCAGGCCCGGCUGGCAGAGCUGGAGGCCCAGGUGCGGAAGCUGGAGCUGGAACGGGCCCAGCAUGAGCUGCUGCUGGGGAGUCUGCAGCAGCAGCACCAGGCAGACCUAGAGCUCAUCGAGACUUCACACAGAAGCCGCAUCAAGAUGCUAGAAAUAUCAUACCAGCAACGGGAGGAGCGUCUCCGGAGAGAGAACGAGGAGCUGUCAGCUCGGUAUCUGUCACACUGCCAGGAGGCCGAGCAGGCUCGUGCUGAGCUCACCGCCCAGCACCAGCGGCGCUUGGCUGCUGCAGCACAGGAGAAGGACCAGGAAAUGGAGCGGCUCCGGGAGCUGCAGCGGGCGUCCAUCCUGGAGAUGCGCAGAGACCACGAGGAGCAGCUGCAGCGGCUGAAGCUGCUGAAAGACCGAGAGGUCGAUGCGGCCACCAGCGCCACCUCCCACACACGGUCCCUGAAUAGCAUCAUCCACCAGAUGGAGAAGUUCUCCAGCAGCCUGCAGGAGCUGUCCUCCCGCGUGGAGGCCUCGCACCUCACCACCUCCCAGGAGCGGGAGCUGGGGAUCCGGCAGCGGGACGAGCAGCUGCGGGCACUGCAGGAGCGGCUGGGCCAGCAGCAGCGGGACCUGGAGGAGGAGCGGAGCCGGCAGCAGGAGGUCAUCGGGAAGAUGGAGGCGCGACUGAAUGAGCAGAGCCGGCUGCUGGAGCAGGAACGCUGGCGGGUGACUGCUGAGCAGUCCAAGGCGGAGUCCAUGCAGCGUGCCCUAGAGGAGCAAAGGAAGGUCACAGCCCAGCAGAUGGCCAUGGAGAGGGCAGAGCUGGAACGGGCCAAGAGCGCCUUGCUGGAGGAGCAGAAGUCUGUCCUGCUCAAGUGCGGGGAGGAGCGGCGGCGCCUGGCGGCUGAGUGGGCGGAGUUCUCUGCACAGCAAAAGCUGAGUAAGGAGCGGGCCGAGCGUGAGGCCGAGCGGGCGCUGCAGAUGGACACCCAGCGGGAGGGCACCCUCAUCAGCCUGGCCAAGGAGCAGACCGAGCUGAAGAUGAGGGCCAGCGAGCUCCGGGCCGAGGAGAAGCAGCUGGCAGCCGAGAGAGCAGCCCUGGAGCAGGAGUGGCAGGAGCUGCGGCUGGAGAAGGAGAGGCUCAACACCACUGCCCUGCGUGUUAAGCUCCGCGCCGAGGAGGUGGAGAGCAUGAGCAAGGUGGCCUCCGAGAAGUACGAGGAGGGGGAGCGGGCAUUGCGCGAGGCCCGGCAGGUGCAGGCAGAGCAGCAGGCCCGGCUGCACGCAGUGCAGCAACAGCAGGAGCAGCUACGGAAGCAGGAGCAGCACGUGCACCAGGAGCAUCUGAGUCUGGCCCAGCAGAGGCUGCAGCUGGACCGUGCACGACAGGACCUGCCCUCCAGCCUCCUGGGGCUGCUCCCCAGGGCCCAGGGCCCCGCAGCCUGCAGCCAGAGUGCCCUCGUGCCUCCUGCUCCCACCACCCCUUGGUGCAGCCAGCCACCGAAUGGCCCAGACCCCAGCCCCUUGCACCUCCAUGCCAGGCUGGUGCUGCUGAGGCACACGGCAGAGCAGGACCACGACUUCUUGGAGAAUGAACAGUUCUUCCUGGAGACCCUGAAGAAAGGGUCCUACAAUUUGACAUCUCAUUCAGCCUGAGUGGGACCCCAGCCAAUUCCCCAACAGAGGGCUCUGGCCCCAGAACUCUCUCCUGUUCCUCCUGCUGCCUCCAUGGAGGCACUGCCUGGGGAGGAUUCUGAGAUGCCUGAGGCCUAAUGACAGCUCUUCUGUGGACAAGGUUCAAGUUAAUCCUUUCCAUGUGUGCCAGCCUGGGGCUGUCUUACUACAGCUUUGGCUGCCCUCCCUAAAGUCAUCUAGCUUGGAUCUGAGGGUCUGAGCUGGGAGUGAGGAUCCCAGCUCUCAGUGGGCUCUGUGGGCUCCCCCCUACUCCACAGGUAGACUGUCGUGGGCUCGUUUUGCCUGGGCCUCUUCUGAGGCAGGAGCUUUCUUGAGGGAUGCCACAAACAGCGUUCCCUCCUCCCUGCUGGAGCAGCUCCCUCCCUGAUGAGCUGGAGAAGGGCCCUCUGGCCUCCUGGCAGUACAGGGAGGGCACAGCCAGAUUCUCCCUUUCGGUGUGAGAUGUUCCUGGAACUCAGCCGGCCCGCCUCCUCCUGGCCUUGCACAGAGCCCCACCCUAUUCCCAGCACUGCCCAAAGGACCAACCAGCCUGGGUGAACAGUGGCCUCCUCAGCUUCCUCCCCAUCUGGGUGCUCCAUCAGCAGCGGUGGAGGAACCUGUGGCAAUGGUAGGGUGUGGAGAGGGACGAGGAGGGAAGGCUCCUCUGUGCUGCUCACCUACCCAAAGCCACAGCCCAUCCAAAUCGUGCAGUGGAGCUGACAAGGAAUUGAUCACAACUAAUAGAGAUUGUUCAUUCCUCCUUUACUCCCUCUGCUUUGCUUGACUAAGCUUAAAAAAACUGCUUUUGCCAUGGCUCA